AGCGGCUCAGCCAGCCGACGCCCAAUGGUGUCGCAAUGGUGGCUGGCGCAUGCGCGUACUUGCCGCCCAUACCAGCCCCGUCGCUGGAGAAAGGUGCGGAGCAUCGCUCGAGCAGCAAAGGACGAAAGCUGCAAAGCCAGGUGCCAAGUUAUAGCUGGAGCAGCGUCGCCCGGCUGGUGAAUCGAAAUGACACCCGGCGCCGGAAGAUGCAGAGCCACUCGCAAGGAGCUCCAUCGAGAGAGCUUCUGUCGCAGAUGAGCCGGCUGUGCUUGAGCGUACACGUUCUUCGGUGACUCUGCCGCCGGUUGAGGAGAUACCUGAGGAGCUUCCUGCUCUUGAGCCAGGGCCUGUGUCCCAAAAGCGCCGCACCGUGGUCGAGGAGCUGCAUGACAUGCUGCCCCCCCUGCUGAGCAAGGGGCAGGCCCUCGAGAACCUGAGGCAAGAAGAGUCUGACAUGUUGCUGAUGGUGGCGCCCUGGAAGCGAGCCAUCUCCAAGAACUCCAUCGAAUCCAAGCCGAAGAAGAAGCUGGCGAGGCAAUGCGCCAUGAUGUUCGAGCCAUUGCUCGACCCAGGCGAGUCGGAGCCGGCGCCAGAAGCCGCCGAUGCCGAGGGCGAAGGCGACUCGGCCGAGUCCAUGUCGGCCAGGAGUAGCGAGGAGCUCAAGGAGGUCUCAGAUGCUUCGGACGCGGAUGCAGCGCCAGUGAAUCGCUGGGGCAAAGUGAAAGCUGCCACGCGCAUCGCCGCGAACUUGCGCCCGGAGCCCAUGGACACCAUGCAGCAAUGGCGAAGAUGGUGCCGCAAGACAGACGAUCAAGGCUUCGAUUCCUUGAAGGGGCCCUCCUGGCGGGGCAGCGAGACCGUGGCAAGGAAAUCCAUUCGGGACUUGGAGAACGAGCUCUCUUUGGAUCGGGACCGCUUGCGGUUGAUGAUCCAACAAGGGGUCCACAAGUCUAAGAACGGCCUGAAGCUGACCGUCCGGCACGUGCAGCCGGACAUCGACCGGGAAGCUUUGUGGCGGUACCGUCGGGAGACUUUGGAGAAGGUGGACACCCAUGGAAAGCGGAUACAGCAGGCGCUCAACGACUCAGCGCGCGCUCGCAAAGAUCUGCAGGGCUGCGAGUGGAGGCCCUGAAGGGCACCAUGGGCAAAGAGAAAGAGGACGGCAGCCGCCGCACGCGGAAGGAGCGCAGGACAAGCGCGGCUCCUGGUCCGCAGAUCACAUGGUGGUCGUCCGAAAGAAGCUGGAGACACCUUCAUCCGGACUGGCUCGGUGGAGGAGUAGCCAGCUAGGCCAGCUGAAUGACCACUGACCUGGCGAGAUUUUCAGAAUGGUAGCUGCGCGGCUACGCGAUGCUACGCGAUGCUACGCGCUGUGGCUGCGGGGUACUUUGCGUGGGUCAAUAUUCCAUAAUCAUCCGCAGGAGGUGAGUUGCACCAUAGCAAACGGGCAGGCAUUGAAGAAAGCCAAGUCACCA